CUUCAAUAGUGGCACUGCAGAGGAGGUUUCUUUCUUAUUGUCUCGAUCACAUCGCAGCAAACUUUCUAAGCUUCAGUGCAGCCCUGGUAGAAAGUACAAGCGCCAUUCAAUGAGUCGUCCGGUCAGAUCGUACGAUGUACAGGCCAGCACCGCCUCGACCGAAGAAGACCAGCAUAGUGCGCUCGCGUACAGGCUGCAAGCUAUGUCGCCAGCGCCGCGUCAAAUGUGAUGAAACUAAGCCAUCAUGCGGGGCGUGUACCCGUGCAGGCAAGCCCUGCGAGGAAGUGUCACCAAGCUUCAGCUUCAGCAAUCGAACUGCCUCUGCCCACAGAGCUGUGUCGAAACCCCUUCAGCAUUUGAGCGCCUGCAAAGUACUAACCCAAGAAGAUUCUCAUAGCGCUGCAGAUGAGUUGCGUAAACUUACUUCAGCCGAGCCUCUCCUGCACAUCGACACCAUAAUUGACCUGAGAAGCGUCGAAAGUGAACACUUCUAUCUUACAUACUGGGAAAGCUCAUGCAUCGAUGCUCUGGGCUGUCUCUUCCACGGCAUCAACUCUAUCCUUGACGAAGAUAAUACCUUGAAACAAUCUCUCCUUGCAUUAGCAGCCUGCAACAUUAGUCGACGCUCUCCCGAGGGUCACACAAACCAGGGCAGACUCAUCGUCUUGCCCAAUCGUACUCACCUACUCUCCAGCCAGCGGUACUACAGUUCCGCGGUUGGCGAAACUGCAAGAACCUUGCAGGCAAAGGCUUCAUCGUCACCAUUGACAACCUUGGCCAUACUGGUACUUUUCUGCCUUAUGGAGACAGCUAUGGGAAACUUCCGAGGAUUUGGGUGGCAUUGCCAGGGAAUCGCCAAGAUCAUUGAUUUGCAGCUUCCACACCUAUCUCAGGACGCACUUGGCAAGGAACUCAUCGCCGCCUGGCUUGCAUCGAGACUCCAUAUGUGGUGGCGCAGAAUGUACUUCACCACGUUCGCUCUCCAACUCAGCCAGAGGUCGCUCUCGGUUUCGCCACAGUUGACGCAGGUGCUGAGGACAAUCGAUGCUCAGAAGACUCUGCUUGUAUCUAUUCUGUGCGAAUCGCACCGGGUGAGUGCGAUCGCCACUCUACAGGUCUUAUCAGGCAUCCAUGCGGCAAGCCUGGCCACAUGCACCGUCGACGAAUGUGUGUCAUUAUUGGAGGCAGAAGGGAGAAAACUCGACGAGUGGCAUUCUCGCCUCGAUCGUUCUCAGCUUCCACUUGAUGUACUGCCCCAACCUCCGCAGGGUCGCUUUUCUGAGAUUGCACAUCCACUGUUAUUUCAUUCCUACGAGGCAGCGAUCAACUAUGCAUAUUACAGUGCAGCGCGAAUCAUGCAAUGCACGGAAAUACUGCAUUCUAGGGCAGAUUCCGACGAAGACCAAGAGGUUCGGCCAGGGAACGACCAUGCCGUCUCAACAUCCUGGAUGAUCGUUCUGCUUCGUACUGUAGCAGGCUUGGAUAUUCUCGAGUGUGCUAGCAGGAAUACCUAUUCAAUCGGCAUUGCGAGUUUACUUCUAGCUUCCGUCCUCAGGUGUGAUGAUCUUAGAUGCGGAUUACAGGUACAGAAUUGGCUGCAAAAGUGCGUGGAUCUCGCGAUCCUUGAAGAGGGAAGUUUUCCGAUCGCACAAACCUUGGAUGCGGUCCGCAUCGUCAAUUCGGAACGUGCCGCUGGAAGGGACGUUUACGCGAUUGGUUUGUCGGAAGAUGACGGCGGUGGAUCGGGGAAGUAUUCGUCUUACAACAGCCAAAGGUUUCGGGACUUCGUCAUUCUAGGACGGAUGAGGAGAGGUGGCUCUUUAUACUCCAUGAGUAUCAACCUGGGAUUGGGCUGA